AUGCCCCCCAAAAUCCUACCUUACGCCCGAGUCGACCAUCAGACCUCGUGGGGGGCGGGCAACGUAUACAAUGAAAACUUAUACGGCCAACAAGGUUCAGGUAAACCCAGUAAAAUGGAGAGUUUUAUUAAUGAUGAACGUAUAGAGCCGCUUCCCGGGGGUGAGCGCCGGGGCACGUUUGGAGCUGACGCUGGACGUGACAGCAUGCAAACCGUCAGCGGCUCUUUGCUGAGCAGGCGGGCGAGAGCCGGGGGACCCGAAGAUACUACAGCCGACCAACGGGGCGGGGAGGGGACGGAUGAUGUUUUGCAGAGUAGGGCUUCGCCUACAAACUCUGUCGGCUCAUCUGCAUCGACCACAAAUAAAGCAGUAAGUGAUGACAGAAGACGCAAGUGGUCAACAGAAGAGCUUGAAGAACUCAUGUUCUGUUACUUCAAGGCUAGAUCAGGAGGAGCCGGGUACAUAAAUAGAUUAGAAGAACUUUUUGCUGCAAGAAACCCUGAAAAUCCAAAAAUCCUAAAAUUUUACGGAAACACUUUAGCCAACCAAGCUCGUAGAGUUAUCAAACAAAAUGUUAUUUCUCAAGAACUACUCAACCGCAUACAAAAAAGAGCUGAAGGAAUAGUUACUACAGAAAACAUAGAUCAUUUUUCAACACCAAGCCACAUAGAACAUACUCACAUUCAAAGUGAGGAAUCGGGUAUAACUCAAAUACAAACACUACAUGAUCCACCAUCUAAUAACACACAACCUACAUCCAUAGAAAGAGCUGAAGAAAUAGACCAGUCGACACGAAAUAUAGUAGUAGAUGAGAAUCAGGAACCAAUAGUUUUACAAUUCUUACAAACUUUAGCUGAAAUUAAAGACAUUCCCAUUGAAGAACGAUUAUUCCUACCUAAAGCUAAAAUAAACAAAAGUUUCAUCGAAAAUCUAAACACACUCAAUAAAUACCUACCUAACCUACUAGUAACUAACAAUAGUCUACGUGAAAUAAACAACAUAUUGUACGCAACUGCUAAAACAUUAAUAGUAAACAAUAAUCAAAAUCCGUAUGCACCUACAAUAACCAUAAAACCAAAGCGUGAUCCACCUUGGAAAAAACGAAUACAAAUCAGAAUAGAAAAACUAAGAAAAGAGCUAGGACAACUAAUAGAGAUAGAAAGAGGAAUCAAUACAAAUAGAAUGAGGAAAAUCAGGGACAAAUUAUACACAAAACACAAUAUACGAAGUGAAAAUGAUCAUAAGAAUACAGCUGAAAUCAUCAAACAAAGAAUCAAAGCACUAGCAGGAAGAAUAAAAAGAUACGAAGAAAUGAAUACAAAAAAAGAACAGAAUAAAUUAUUUGCCGAAAACGAACAUAAACUAUACAGAAGCCUGGGAAGUAAUACCGCAAAAGAUAUAAAAAUACCGAGUAAAGAAAAUGUAGAAGAAUUCUGGAAAUCAAUCUUAUCAAACCCUCAACCAUACAACGCGGAAGCUAAUUGGAUUAAAGAAAUAGAAACAAUGUCAAACGAAGUAAAUACAGUAGAUUCAGUAGAGAUUACAGAAGACCAAGUAAAAUUUGCCUUACGUAGAAUGCACAAUUGGAAAUCACCGGGCCUAGAUCAAAUUCAAAAUUAUUACAUAAAAUAUCUGACCAACGUACACAAAUACUUGGCCUCAUUAUUUACAAACAUAGUCUCAAGAACAGAGCCAGUAGAAGAGUGGUUCACGACAGGUAAAGUUAUACUGGUACCUAAGAAUGAAAACACCGAGGACCCGAAAAACUGGAGACCUAUAGCGUGCUUACCAAGUAUGUACAAACUUCUUACUUCUGUAUUAGCCAACGUUCUAUAUAACCAUUGCCACAAGAAUAACAUCAUUUCAGAAGAACAAAGGGGAUGCCGCCGUGGAGUCAGGGGUUGUAAAGAUCACCUAAUGGUCAAUAAAGCUAUAUUAGAGGAUGCACACCAAUCCCAAAAGAAUCUUAGUAUGGCGUGGAUAGACUAUCGAAAGGCUUUUGAUAGUGUUUCACACGAAUGGCUUCUCAAGCUGCUUGAUGUCUAUAGAUGUCCUCCUGUGAUUAAGAGAUUUCUUAUUUUAGCCAUGCCAUCCUGGCGAGUGAUCAUGACAGCCCGUGGCUCGCACGAGUCAAUAACUACCGAACCGAUUUAUAUCAGACGCGGCAUUUUCCAGGGCGACUCCCUUUCUCCGUUAUUGUUCUGCUUAGCAUUAAACCCUCUUUCAUUCGUACUCAAUAAGUAUGAAAUGAAAGGCUACAAACUCAAAGAUAGCAUCUGGAUUAAUCAUCUCUUAUAUAUGGACGAUCUCAAAAUAUAUGCAAACAAUAGAACCAAUUUAAAAGUAUUACUUGACAGUGUGGAGAUAUUUACAAGCGACAUAGGUAUGAAAUUUGGUUUGGAGAAAUGCAACGUAUUACAUUUAAAUUCAGGACACAGAAACAUAGCAUUAGGUGGUGGGUACAUACUUCUGAGUGGCGAAACUUUCAAACAACUUGCAAUAGAUGAUAGGUAUAAAUAUUUAGGAGUACAUGAAUCUGGAAAAAUAGAACAUAGCGUCAUUAGAGAACAGAUAAGUAAAGAAUAUUUAAAAAGAGUCAAAAAGCUACUUAACACACACUUGAAUUCCCGUAAUCUCAUCAAAGGUAUAAACACGUACGCUGUUCCGGUUUUACUUUACUCUUUCGGUGUAAUUAACUAUAAAAACAGUGACCUAAAGAAAAUAGAUGUCAAGACUAGAAAACUACUAGCGAUUAAAAAAGCACAACAACAGAAAGCAGAAGUAGAAAGACUGUACUUACCAAUAAAUCAGGGAGGAAGAGGGUUACUAAAUGUGGAAUACAUGUAUAAAACACAAAUUGUUAAAUACAAGCAAUAUCUAAAAGCAGAAAGCGAUCACCUAAUCAAAGCAAUAGUACAGCAUGAUACAAGUAGGGAUAGAUAUUCAAUAAUAAAGGAAGCACAAGAAAUAGAAAGAGAACUACAUCUACCUCAAGGAAAUGCACUAACAGAUGAAGAAAUUAGGAAAUCCACAGUAAAUAGGCACAACGAAAUAUGGAGAAAUAAACAGCUACAUGGUCAAUUUCCCAAAAAAGUCUUAGAUCAGGGUAACAUAGACAAGGAACUGUCAUUUAAAUGGAUUAAGAAACAGCAGAUAUCUCCAAGCAUCGAAUCCUCAAUAUUUGCAAUACAGGACCAAGCAAUUAUGACACGACAACACCAACGUGACAUACUUAAGGAGCCAGUAGACGGCAAGUGUCGGCUGUGUGCAAGCAAAGAUGAGACCACUCAGCACAUAAUAUCUGGUUGUGAAAAACUGGCAGGGACCUAUUAUGUUAAACGACAUAAUAACCUUGUCCAGUACAUCUACUGGUGCUUGGCUCGACACCAUAAAAUGGAAGUUUCUCACUUAUGGUGGAAGGAAACACUGACUCAACCACAAGUAAAAGAAAAUAACUCAGCCAAAAUUAUGUGGGAAAUCCCUGUUCAAACUGAUGUCACCAUAACGCACAAUAGACCGGAUUUAAUUUAUACAAACAAAGAUAACAACAAAACUUACCUAAUAGAUGUAACUGUACCGUCAGAUUAUAACAUCGGAGCCAAAGAAAUUGAAAAAUUAAGCAAAUACCACCUACUCAAAACUGAAAUCAGCCGUUUGUGGAACACACAAACGGUUGUCAUUCCAAUAGUAAUAGGAGCAACAGGAGUAGUAGCUAAAAGCAUAAAAAAGUACUUAGAACAGCUAGAUUCCAACAUUGACGUUAGCAUUCUUCAGAAACAAGCAGCCAUACAUACAACAAUCAUACUCAGUAAAGUACUUGGAGACACUGUUUUCGUACACAAUAUACAAGACCCACUUUCACAAAAUACACAACUAUCAGUAGAUAGAGACACGCAGCAAUCACCAGACACACAGCAGUUAGCAGACACACCACACUCUCUCAACACAACUCAUGAACCUAUCACAAACAAUUUACAAAGACGAGGAAGAGGUAGAGGAAGGAGAAGAAAUGGCGCGCAACGUGCGCGUAUAGAAUAG